AUUAAAAGGAAAAAAAAAACAAACAACUGUACUGAAACAGAGUGUUGAAUGAAAACAGAAAGCAAAGGAAGAAGUCAAGAGGAUGAAGGCGGAAGUUAAGAAGAAGAGGGAAGAAACAAAUCAAAUGCGACAACAGCUAAUGGCAGAAACAGCAAAAGUGGAAGCUGCCGCGGAAAGAUUUGAAUUGGAGCUUGCUUAUGUUUGGGCUGAGAAUGAGUUGAUGAUGGAGCAAAACCUACAAGAUCAACGUCUUCUGAUGCUCUGCUGGAUAUAUUUCUUAGAUGCAGAUGAUGGUCCUGUGCAUUGAGAUGUUGCCUUAGCGAAACAGAAAUAGAUAGAGAAAUAGUAUGGCUGGGGAGAACAUUGAUUCAAAUAAAAUUUACUGCUUCGUUGUUUAUUUAGCCUCAUAUAUGUUUGUUUGUCUUAAUUCCUUUAAUUUACUUCGUUCAUUGCUUGUUUUCUAUACGAUCAAUUUCUUUCAUGAUUAAAAUCCCUCUUGCUUCUUUCCAAGUUUGAUGUUGUACAUGAGUAUUUAUUCAAUCUGUGUCACUCCUGCAACAUUUUCUGAGCUUUUCUUCGGGUUUAGAAUGUCAGUACUUGGCAUUGGCAUAAUAUGGACGGAGAGCAUGCUUCUCCAAUGUCAUUGUUCCAUAGGAGAGAAUGCAGUAAUCAAUCCCUCGAUUCCUAAUGUUCUUUACCCUAGAUUUCCAAUUGAAGUCCCUUUUGCUCUGUACUUAUUUAAGUGCUUUCCUGAACAAGUUGUCAUGUUUCCGUCAGAUUUUUAAGCAAAAAUGCAAAGGAUGAUCAGAAUUUUAUAAAUUACUUGGUCUGUCCAAUUCUGUGUUUCUAUUUGUGCAUUAACAUUAUUUAAAUCAAGGCUCAGAAGGCAUUGAAAACUUGGCUUGUCUUUUCUUUCAUGCUCAGCCCCUGCUCCAAUUUCUUCCAAAGAUCAAAAUCAUGAAUGGGAGAACCUUUAUUUCGCAAUCACUGUCAAUAAUCUCUCUUUGAAUAAAAUUACUGUCAAUAA